AACAAUAUCUCAUAAAUUGUGGAUUGCUUUGAGCAGAGAACAGCGAAUAAAUAGGUCCUGAAACAAUUGGAUUCAAGAGAAUUGACAGAAACCAUGCUCCCUUCAGUAAUUUUGCUGUUAGUCGUUACCCUAUUCACUGGAAUAGACGUUUCUGCAAUGAAGAAGAAACGGCAUGAUAACCAUGAAGAAGACCUUCAAAAUCAUGGGCAAGAAUCUGAUAUGGCAAUGAUUUCUUCUGCAAACACUGAUUUUGCUUUUGAGCUCUACAAAGAAAUUGCUAACCAAAGUACUUCCAAUAUUUUCUUCUCCCCUCUGAGUAUUUCCACCGCUUUAGCCCUGUUGUCACUUGGAACCAGAUCUGUGACACGGGAACAGCUGUUCAAGGGACUUCACCUCAAUAAUAUGACAGAGGAAAGAAUAAAUGAAAUGAACAGAGGCUACAAACAACUCUUACAAUCCCUGACGGCAGAACAAAAUGAGCUUCAGCUAUUAAUGGGAAACUCUCUUCAUAUUCAAAAAGGCUAUGAUGUGUUGCCAAGCUUUCUGAAUGAGUCCAAGAAGUUUUACAAUGCUGAGGUGUUUUCUCUAGACUUUAAUCUGGAUCCUGAAAAUGCCAGGCUACGAUUGAAUGAUUAUGUGAAAAAGAUGACAAAAGGGAAAAUUAAAGACAUGUUUGACACAAUUGACCCUUCAACCAAACUAAUGCUAAUUAACUACAUCUUUUUUAAAGGAAAAUGGAAGAAACCAUUUGAUCCAGCACAUACUCAAGAAACAUUGUUUAGUGUGAACAAAACCACAAAAGUACCUGUUCAAAUGAUGCACCAAACCAACGCAUUCAGUAAGAUAUCUGACUACAAUCUUUUCAGUAAUGUAAUAAAACUUCCUUACCUUGGAAAUGCAUCGAUGAUCGCCAUCUUGCCUGCAGACGGGAAACUAGAACAUGUGGAACAAAAUCUUUCCCAUGAAAAAUUUGAAGAAUGGGUCCAAGAACUUGCUUACCACAAGCAACAAUGUAUCCUCCACUUUCCAAAAGUGUCACUGUCAUUGUCAUAUGAGAUGAAAAAUAUCCUCGCUGAAAUGGGUCUGAGAGAUUUGUUUACACCUGAGGCCAACUUGUUUGGGAUAAGUGAAAGUGAAAAUCUGAAAGUUUCACAGGUUUCUCAUAAGGCAGUGCUGGAUAUUGAUGAGAAAUCCACUGAGGCAGCUGGAGCUACUGGAGUAGGUAUUAUUCCAUUGUCAUUGCCACUUAUAUUGGAAUUUAAUCGACCGUUCAUUUUGAUUAUCUAUGAGGAAAACACAAACAACAUACUCUUUCUUGGAAGAAUAAAAGACCCAUCCAAGUAACUUUUUGCUCAGAAAAUUAAUACGCACAUCAAAGAAAUCAGGACACACCUCAAUUCUAAAGCUUGAAAUGAUAGACAUAUGUAAUCAACCCAAUAUUAUUAUGCAUCAAUAUCAUAAUUAUUUUGAUUUUUUUACAGCAAUAAGUGGCAAUACAUAGCAGAUCGAUCAGUAUUUAUCUUCAUCACAGAAAACUGAAAGUUAGGCAAACAUAUUACUGUGGUGGGGGUUUGGUGGUUUAAUGAUAAUGUCACUGGACUAGUAGCUUAAAAUCCCAAGAUAAUGCUUUGGCCACUUGGGUUUAACUCCAACCACAGCAGCUAGUGAAAUUUAAAUUCAAUGCAUACAAUUGGAAUGUGAAGCUAGCCUGGUAAUGGUAACCAUGAAACUAUCAUUUAUUUCUGUAAAAACCCAUUUGGUUCACUAAUGCCUUUUCCUUACUCAGACUACCCUAUGUGUCAAUCCAGAUCCACAGCAAAUGUAGUUGAUCUUAAAUGCCAUAGCAAACCAUUCAGUUCAAGGUCACUUGUUGAUGGGAAUAAAUGCAAUCCUUUCCAGUCAUGUACACAUCCCAUGCAAGAAUAAAGAAAGAAAAAUAAGAGUGAACAAUUGGUGGUCCAAUCACACAUUUAACAGGCAAACUGUUUAAUAGAGAAGCAGAAAAUGCUGCAAAAAUAAAGCUCUCAGGACCCAAGGGUCAGUUAGUUUGUUGAACCAGUUGAAUUGUGUACCAUCUAGAUAUCAACAUCACUCUUCCUUUGUCACAUGUUAUGAUACCAACCGUUGAUAGCGUGAGAAUAGGGCAAAGAAUUGUCACUAAUUCUCUUUUUUGUGCUGAGUCAAAGGGCUUAUCUGAUUAGCAGUAGAAGAGGAUAAACCACUAUUGAGUCUUAAUGAGAAGCGACACUUAUCUGACAACAAGACGUAAUUUAUUGUAUGAUAAUAAGUGCAAGUUGCUGCAUCAGAAGCCAGAGAUGACAUUUCUGUCUCCAUUGGGAUAUGACACAGCAUAAGGCCAACACGCACAAAGAAAACUCUUCUAAAUUUCUUACUCAAUAUAGAAAGGAUCAAACAAGAAAAAUGCAAGAAUAUUGGAGAAAUGGGAAGGGAAUAAUAAAUAAACAAGCAGAUAAAGGAGGGAUGAAAUGUGACCAGAAAAUGCUGGAAAGGUUCCGUAGAUUUACAGGUAGUUCUGCUCUAACGUGUGUUUUGUUAACGCAAAUUGGUUGAAUAGUGGACCCUGUUCGGAUAACAUCAGCUUUCUGCUCUACAGGUUUCUAUAGCAAUUUCCCUAUAACACAAUCUUCUAUUGUGCAAGGUUACAUAAGAAAGCAACUAUCAUGUUAUAGGAGAACUAUCUGUGCUGGUGUUAAAAGAACUAGAACAGAUCAAUGUAAAUCAUCGAACUCUAUUAUGGCUAAAUGUCUGCGCUCAAAACAACAAUUCACUGCUCUCUUCCUGAAUGCCAAGGGACUCUCAUAUAAUUCUAAUAUGCCAUGCUGCAAAGUGAUGAAUAAUAGUGCUGUAAUUUCUAAAAUUAAUUUUAAGACUGUAGUAAUCCAAAAAGUCCGGGAAAAUGAUAAAAAACUGCAAAGGUGCAGUGUAUUAUUCUUUCCCUUUUCCUCUUUUCUGUAAUACUGAUCACCAAAAAUUAGACUACUUGCACUCAAAAUAAAUGUUUAAAUCUUGAGGCAUAAAAAUCUAUUAAUUUUACCUUGUAAAACAGAUUGCAAAAAUGUGUAUUUCUUUAGCUUUCCCCACUGGAGCCACAACAAAAUAAUUUGACUUUAUUGUGAAUUUUUAUGCUUUGGUACAGUGGUUGAUGCUCAGGAGGAAGGUACAGUACUAUUUUUGACUGAAUUAAGCUGUAAUUUAAUGAUUCAACUUGUUUCAGCCACCAAUAAUGUUUAAUUUGUGUUCAAUAAAUGAAAUGAUCUUUA